CACUGUUACGUCAAAAUAAAGUAGUGAAAAGCUGCAAAUUGCGUGCAAGUUAAAUAAAAACUAUUUCCUGGGGCGGAAAACGUGUUGCAAGUGGCUUUAUUGACUGGCCCUGUGAUUGUGGAACAUGAGAGCACCGGCGGUGGGCGAAAGGUAGUGGCUGCCAAGCGGAGCAGCCCUUAUCAGAGGAGCUAGGUUCCGAAGCGAACCCAGAAAUAACGUGCCCCACAGGUAAACAGGGGUCAUUCAAAAUAGCCCCCGACCCCUGAAGUCCAGUGGCUCCCAAACUGUGUGGUCUAUUCACCAAGAUCCCCGUUCAAGUUCAAGCCGAUCUUAACUUCGUAUGCGAUCGUUUUCACCACAGCCGAAUACCCACCACACCUGACGGCGCGCACGCGCAUCGAUUCAAAAACCCACAAAAAGCGAAAACACUUCGCUGGAGCUGCUGAAGCCAAACGCAAGCAAACCGCGCUUCGCUGUCGCCUCGAAAAUCGCCUGUAAAUCGCGCGUUUCAAAAUCCUGCGAUCCUGCCAAAAUAUAAACAAAAAACCCAUAAUAAUGCUGUUGACCUCUUAAAUUCUGUGCCUGUGUCUCUAUCGAAGCUUACAAUUCUUACAAAAAAACCCAAGGAAUUAAAACCCUUCCCCUCUAAAAACAACCUUUAUUAGUAAAACUUCAAAUAUGGCCUGCUUGAGCACUUCCGGUCGCGUCGUUUGCGGUUCGCGUCGCCAGCAGACGCACAAGUUGCUAUAUCAACUGUUUGGAUCCCGGCCAGGACUUACAAACCCUUCCCCAUCGACAGGAUUUAAUCCACCCAAAGUUCAACAGCAGGCCAUGCGACUCUUCCACGGAUUAAGCUUCAGCAUGGGCAAGGAUUAUCCCGAUUUGCUGCAAAGCAGCCACAAAUGCAGCCACAAUCUGGAGUACUCCCAAUGCUCCACGACGAAUAAAAGACAACACAGCUCGGUCCACACACAACAGCCAGCUGGUCCAGUGAGGGAGUUCCAGAUCGAUCCCUACAUCAUACUCGACGAUGACCUCAAGUACUUCUACGACGAUGUGAGAUAUCUGCUGAAAUCCGGAACAUCCCAGCCAGAGUUGGACACCAUUGCCAGCUAUUAUUUCGAUGGCCAGGGAAAGGCGCUGCGACCCAUGGUCACUAUGCUGAUGGCCAAGGCGAUAAACUAUCACCUGAACAACGAGUCACACCAAUUAGUACACAAACAACGACAGAUCGCCCUCUUUUCGGAGAUGGUACACUCGGCCAGUUUGGUUCACGACGAUGUCAUCGAUCAGUCGGACUUCCGACGCGGCAAGCCCAGCGUGAAUGCUCUAUGGAACCAUAAAAAGGUCACAAUGGCUGGUGAUUAUAUCUUAUCGAUUGCCUCGAUUAUGAUAGCUCGUCUGCGCAGCGAUGAUGUUACGAUCGUGCUGAGUCAGAUCUUGACCGAUUUGGUCCAAGGCGAGUUCAUGCAGCUGGGCUCAAGGGAAACGGAGAACGAGCGAUUCGCCCAUUACCUGACCAAGACAUACAGGAAGACCGCUUCGCUGAUCGCCAAUGCACUGAAAGCGACCGCCGUGAUCGCCCAGGCCGAUGACAACGUGGCCGAAGUGGCCUUCCAGUACGGACGUAAUAUCGGUUUGGCCUUUCAGCUGGUCGACGACAUGCUGGACUUUGUCUCCUCCACCGAGCAGAUGGGCAAGCCGACGGCGGCGGAUCUGAAACUGGGAUUGGCCACCGCCCCCGUUCUCUUUGCAUGCGAAAAGUACCCCGAGCUGAAUCCCAUGGUGAUGCGGCGCUUCAGCGAGCCCGGCGACGUGGAGCGUGCCUUCGAGCUGGUGCACAAGUCACACGGUCUGGAGCAGACGCGCUUCCUGGCCAAGAAGCACUGCAACGAGGCGAUACGGCUGGCUCAGGAGCUCACGGAGUCGCCCUACCAGAAGGGCCUCCAGGUGGUCGCCGACUUAGUCAUCAACCGCAUGAAGUAGAGCCAUGCACCCUAACAUAAAUCAUACACGUAAUGCAAUAAUAAUAGUGUUAUGUAGGCCACACUUGAUGUUUCGGUUAAGUUCUGUUCAGCCAGCGGGCUAAAUUUGUAAACAAGAUUUAUUAUUUAGUUUUUAGGCAUUUGUUGUUGACACUGUAAAUAAUUGCAUAAACAAACCUAAUCAACUCACUUAAUCGGCAACGUUCGCUGUACAUAAUAACGAGAUGUUCCAUGAACUUUUAACAAUUUUUAUAUGCAAUGUUUUUCGAAAAAUGUAUUUUUACAUAGAGAGCGAAAUAUGAGCGAAAGGCCAACACUAAGUAAACAAAACAAACUGUACAAAUGUUUCUUCAAAAUAAAAGAAAUUGGAAAGGAACUCAGAAAUAGGCAAAAAGAUAAUAAGAAAAAUUCUGAAUAAAAGGGAAAAUGUUUAUUAGUCAAUGCAACAAGAACAACCAGUGUGGAAAACGAUAUUUAUAAUACGAAGCAUGAAUAACAAAAAAGAUUUAUUUUAUAUUAAUUUCUUAUUUAGGGCAUUUCAUGCCUAAAUGGUUCAAUGGUAAUUGAUUUGCACACUUCGAAACCCCUUCCGACCGCACAAAUAUGUAAUUUAAAAUGGAAAGCCUAUAAUUUAGUUGGAUUAAAUAAAAUAUUUUGAACCAUUCGCGCAUGAAAUGCAUAAUAUAUAAUAUGUUCUAUAAGAAAUUUUAUGAGGAUUGUACAUGAAACAAUGCUGCCCAGUCUUAAUUUUAAAUCAUUUCUUCUCCGCCUCUAAUGCAAUAGUAAUUUAUAAAACAUUUAACACAAAAUCGAAAAGCAAACCCCCAUUUCGGAAUGCCUUAAAAAAUCUGUUUAAUUUAAGUUCUUAUUUUAAUUUAUAAGCACAACCUCAAUUAAGUCAGUCAUCGAACUUUUUUUUGUGUAUAGUGUGGACGAAACACUAUUGGGCUCCUUUACAGCCUGCUCUACACUGAGAAAUAAACAACAUAUUCUGACCACUUAAUCAAUUCAAAUGGGUGCUGAUUGCGAUUCACCCACAGGUUAUAGAGUGCGAACGAUAAAAUGAUGAUAAUGUUGAUAUUGAUACUUGUAAUUACGAUAUUUGUAUACUUAAAGAGAUGAAUAAAAAUUCGAUUUUGUAAAACAAAAA